GGUCACGUGACAGGCCCGGCGGCGGCAGCGGCGGCGGCGGCAGCGGCCGCGGCGUCUUCAGCGGCGCCCAGUGCAGGAUGGUGCUGGAGGCGGCGGCGGCGGCCGUGGUGGCGGCGGCGUCGUUGGCGGCAGCGGGAGGGGGUGCUGUGGCGGCAGCGGCGCCCGCGGGUGGUGUAAAAUGGCGGAUUUCGAGGAGUUGAGGAGUGGCUGUACCAUUUUACAUCCCUACCAGCAAUGUAUGGAGUGAUCCAGUUUCUCAGCAUCCUCGCCAGCAUUUGGUGUUAUCACUGUUUUUCAUUUUAGUCAUUCUGAAUAUGGUUUCUAGCUUUAGGGUUUCUGAACUACAAGUGUUACUAGGCUUUGCUGGACGGAAUAAAAGUGGACGCAAGCAUGACCUCCUGAUGAGGGCGUUGCAUUUGUUGAAGAGUGGCUGCAGCCCUGCGGUUCAGAUUAAAAUCCGAGAAUUGUACAGACGCCGAUAUCCACGGACUCUUGAAGGACUUUCUGAUUUAUCCACAAUCAAAUCUUCGGUUUUCACUUUGGAUGGUAGCUCAUCACCUGUAGAACCUGACUUGGCCGUGGCUGGAAUCCACUCGUUGCCUUCCACUUCAGUUACACCUCACUCGCCAUCCUCUCCUGUUGGUUCUGUGCUGCUUCAAGAUACUAAGCCCACGUUUGAGAUGCAGCAGCCAUCUCCCCCAAUUCCUCCUGUCCAUCCUGAUGUGCAGUUAAAAAACUUGCCCUUUUAUGAUGUCCUUGAUGUUCUCAUCAAGCCCACGAGUUUAGUUCAAAGCAGUAUUCAACGAUUUCAAGAGAAGUUUUUUAUUUUUGCUCUGACACCUCAGCAAGUUAGAGAGAUAUGCAUAUCCAGGGAUUUUUUGCCAGGUGGUAGGAGAGAUUAUACAGUCCAGGUUCAGCUGAGACUUUGCCUGGCAGAGACAAGUUGCCCUCAAGAAGACAACUAUCCCAAUAGUCUAUGUAUAAAAGUAAAUGGGAAGCUGUUUCCUUUGCCUGGCUAUGCACCACCACCUAAAAAUGGGAUUGAACAGAAGCGCCCUGGACGCCCUUUGAAUAUUACAUCUUUAGUUAGGUUAUCUUCAGCUGUGCCAAACCAGAUUUCCAUUUCGUGGGCAUCAGAAAUCGGAAAGAAUUACUCCAUGUCUGUAUAUCUUGUACGACAGCUCACGUCAGCCAUGUUAUUACAGAGAUUAAAAAUGAAAGGUAUUAGAAACCCUGAUCAUUCCAGAGCACUAAUUAAAGAAAAACUUACUGCAGAUCCUGACAGUGAAAUUGCUACAACUAGCCUCCGGGUAUCCUUGAUGUGCCCUUUAGGGAAAAUGAGGCUGACGAUCCCAUGCCGUGCAGUGACUUGUACACAUCUACAGUGUUUUGAUGCUGCCCUUUAUCUGCAAAUGAAUGAGAAGAAGCCCACCUGGAUUUGUCCUGUGUGCGACAAAAAGGCUGCCUAUGAAAGUCUAAUUUUAGAUGGGCUUUUCAUGGAAAUUCUCAAUGACUGUUCUGAUGUGGAUGAGAUCAAAUUCCAAGAAGAUGGCACUUGGUGUCCAAUGAGACCGAAGAAAGAAGCUAUGAAAGUGUCCAGCCAGCCGUGUACAAAGAUAGAAAGUUCAAGUGUCCUCAGUAAGCCUUGUUCAGUGACUGUAGCCAAUGAGACAAGCAAGAAGAAAGUGGAUGUUAUUGACUUGACUAUAGAAAGCUCUUCUGAUGAAGAGGAAGACCCUCCUGCCAAAAGGAAAUGCAUCUUUAUGUCAGAAACACAAAGCAGCCCAACCAAAGGGGUUCUCAUGUAUCAGCCAUCUUCUGUAAGGGUGCCCAGUGUGACUUCGGUUGAUCCGGCUGCUAUUCCGCCUUCAUUAGCAGACUACUCAGUACCAUUCCACCACACGCCAAUAUCAAGCAUGUCAUCAGAUUUGCCAGGUUUGGAUUUUCUUUCCCUUAUUCCAGUUGAUCCCCAGCAGUACUGUCCUCCUAUGUUUUUGGAUAGUCUCACCUCACCCUUAACAGCAAGCAGUACGUCUGUCACCACCACCAGCCCCCAUGAAAGCAGUACUCAUGUUAGUUCAUCCAGCAGCAGAAGUGAGACAGGGGUCAUAACCAGCAGUGGAAGUAACAUUCCUGACAUCAUCUCAUUGGACUAAAGGAGGACUCCCUCGAUUCUAGGAAUCAUUCAUCAAAACUGUUCUUUCUUGGAUCUCUGGUCCGUGGAAGCUAUUUUUUUUGUAACGGUUACUUUGCUAUUUAUUGAAACGUCAAAUGGAUUCUUUUGCUUUCUGAGAUGAACGCAGAUGACUACAGCAAGAACCAAAUGACAUGCGAGGAUUUUUCUUACUCAUGCUGUACUGAGCAUCAGAUACAUUCGGCCAUAACUGUAUCUUCUCGAGAGAUGGAUUUCAGUUUCAUGUGUUACUGGAUGGAUUCUGCAUACACAUCGGUUAAAAAUUUUUUUUGUUGUAAUAAACAGCAAUAAAAUUAUGUAAAUAUUCAAGUAAACUUUUUUCUAACUAAAAAGAUGUAAUCAAUGAUUCUAAAAUGACAGCAACUUCUGUUUAACCUGAUGUGAAGGCAAGAUACAUGGAAGGAAGUCGUGUUUGCUGAAUGAGUCCUUUCCAUGGAGAUUUGUUCCAUUUCAUUGAAGUAAUGAAACCCUGAUAAGUGGCCACAGCUUGGGUUCCUCUUUUCUUCCUGAUAUCAGCCAUCAAAGAGAAAUGGCCUGUGUUGUGUAUUUUCCCUGGUUGUCAUUUACACUUUGAUGUUGUUUGCUAGCAAUUGCAGAGGGAAGUUCUGGGACUUGGCUGCUCUUUAUCAAUGAUAGUGCUAAAGAACGCUGUGCAGAUUCUGCCCUGACAUAACGUGUGUUAUUUUUGGUAAUUGUACGUGCUCAUUCUAGAGAUCUCUAUAAAAUUGGGCUUGCCUUCUCGAAAAAGAAAUUCUAUGCAGCCGUUGAAUGUUGAGUGAAAUGUUUUUGGAGUAACACGUGGCUAGAAUGUUCAUUAGAAUUUUGUUCACACUGACCAGAAAUAUCGAGAGCUUUGAGGCAGCAGAAGACCAGAUUGGGGGGCGGCGGGAAUAACAAGAGUUUAAUCUCUUCCUAGGAACUUCUUUGGCUCAUUUAUUUUAUAGAAUAAUACACAAAUACUUGUUGAACCUUUUCAGAUUUUACUAACACUAAGAAUGCAAAUAUGGUUUAGGACCCUGGUUUUAUUUCUCACCAAUACAGUUUCAGUGUCCGUGAUGAUUUUCAAACGUAAAGAAAACACAAUAGCAAGGCAUGGGGACUGCAUCAGAUUUCCUUUUCCUUUUUUUUAAAAGGCAAUCUUUCCUGAUACCAUAAAGGACAAACAGAAUUAGAAAUGUUUGAAUUUGAGUAAGGAAGGUUUGGGGAGAGUGGCCUGUAGCCCACUUUGAAAACCACUCAUUCAGAAUGUGCUUGAUUUUAAAUCCCUCAGGAGACUGAGUUUUACCCUUAGAGAAACAUUUCUAUCCAAAUUUUCUAUUUCCCUUUGUUUCAUUUGGCUUCCUAAAUUUUUGAAUUCUCAAGGAAUUAAUACUUCAUGUUUAGGUUUCUCUCCCUAGCUGUGUCUAUUUGAAAAAUAAAACCCUUUUUCAAAAUGACUUAAUCUAACUGAUUUCUCAAACCAAAGUGCCCAGAUGAAGAGUCUCCCAAUGUCAGUUAGACUAGGGACACAGUCGCAUUACUUCAGGGCUGGUGUAACUCCCAGAAGCUGAUUUGUCACUGCUUGGGUUUGUUUUGUUCUGUUGUUUUGUGGGUUUUUUGGUUUGUUUUCUUUUUCUUUUUCUUUCUUUCUUUCUUUCUUUCUUUCUUUUUUUUUUUUUUUUUUUUUUUCCUCUCAACACCACCUCAAGUUUUCAGGGCCACUGCUCUCUUUGUAAACAGACUUAAUUUCAUGUGAUUUUCUUACAUCAUCCCCCCCUUUGGCUACAUCUUCCCUUUACUUAAUGUGUUACCCCCUUUUGGAGAGCUGCUUCCCAUUAAAGCGUAGAAACAAAACCACGUCUCCCUGCCCGGGUUGCGCCAUGGUGGCCAUUUUACUUGCUUAGUCAUCAGAUCUCCAGUCCGUGUUACAAUCUUUUGGUCCAGGUAGGGAAUUUCUUCUAGUAAAAUUUUCUGUUGCUGCUCGAAAGACAGACACGAUUUCUGUUCACUCUGUAAUCAGAUAGAAAACGUAACCCUGAUUUGUGUGGUAUAAUUUGUUAAUAAAUAAAUGAUGUAUAUUUGUUACCAUUUUGCUACCCUGUAGAUUCUCAGACUCCCCCUCCCCCAUUUAAUCUACUACAGAGUUUUAUAAGGUAAAUGGAAAUACUCGUAGAAGUUCAUUUACGUACUUGGUUCUUGUAACCAAUACCUCUGUGCUUUUAUAGUUUUGCUUUGUUUCCUUUUCUACUAUUUUAUGUGAACAGUUUUAGUGUUCAUUUUUGGUGCUUUACACUGAAAUUACGUAGAAGAUUUUAAUUUAUACAGGCAACUAAUGUUUUUAAAAACACAUUUUUAAGUUUAUAAUCUUAAGAUUGGGCUUUUAGUAUGUUAUCUUUGAAGGUGAGUAUUUUCUUUAUGCUUUUGCCUUCUGACAACAGCAUGAUCCAUUAAGCCAUUAUGGUUUCUUUUCGUUUUCAUUUUUGUUUUUUUUUCGUAUGGUCACCAAAUACUUUUACCGAGACCCUGACUUUUCAGCAGUUUGUUUUGCUUGCCCAGAUUUCUGCUUAACCAAGUGUAAUACAGUUUCAGAGGACAUUGUCUUAGCUGUCAGCCAACCAGUGAUUAUGUGGACUAUCUUGUUUAAGGAAGGGAACUGCAGCUUCUAGUCUCCUCUUACAAACAGUGAGGCAACCUAUAGUUUUGGUCUUUAUUCCUGUGUAGAAAUGUGAAGGGCUUUUCUUGCCUUUGGUGACUCUUGACACUGUAAUCAGUGCUGAAUAUAGCUUCACAGCUAAGCUCUGCUUACAUUCACAAACUUGCUGACCCUAAGGUGAGCCGCUUUAGGAUUUUAUGUCCAUUUCUGCCCAGAAGGUAAAAAUCCUUGGCACGUGUCACAGGAUAAUUAGAUGGCCAAAUGAAAUAAUAGAGCUAAAUUCAGGUUAUGUGGCACUUAUCUUAGAACGUGCUUCAGGAAAGCUAGGAUGAAAAUACUAUGAUUAGGUGAGGGUUGUAACAGCGUAAGUUGAGCCAUAUAACUCUUGGUGUAAAACAAGUUUCUCUAGGGUAGAAUCUUAAGGAGUUUGAAGAAAGGUUACAAUGUUGGACUGUAGGUGGAAUGGUAUUCAACAGAGACUAUUUUGACUUUGAGAUUAGACCUUUCAGGCAUUCUGCCUUCAGACCAGUCCUGGACACGUGUCACUUAGUAACCAAGUUUGUUUGUUUUUCUUCUAAUAAGUAUUCAUUGGUUACGUUUUGUCUUUUUCAGUAAAUUUAAUUCUUACAAACCAUUAGUUUAAUUCUCAAAUAUGCUUUUUAUUUCUCUCUAGCCCCUAAUUGGUACAAAAGCACUUAACUAUUUACUUUUUUUCCUCUUUUUUUUUUUUUUUAAGUAAACACUUGUUUUCCUAAUUUUUUUUCAUUUUGAAAAAUGCAGAACAGUGCACCAUUUAAACUUGGGUCUGAUGUGUUUUGUGGCCCUGGAUCCACGUGCUGUGGGAACUGUCAUUAAGAUCAGUGAUUGCUGGCUUGGCCCGCUUCACCAUCUUUUCUGCUGCAGUUCCACAUGAAUAUGGUGAAACUUGGGGAAAACAAUUUAAGAAGUUCUCUGCCAUUUUUUGUUUUUGUUUUUAGUCUGAUGCUUCUGUCAAAUGAAUGGUUUGUAGGCCCCCUUUUUUUGUUACUAGGAGCCACACUCCCAAUUCCUAGCAGAACAAAUAAAGCUGUAUAAAAAUGCCCAUUCUUCUUUAAUCCUUGAUUCAAUAAUGUUUGUUUUUUUCUGUCUAUGCCAGUAAUACACACUCAUUUUGGAAAUUUUAGACAAUACAGAAGGCUUAUAAAGAAAAAUAAUAAUUGCUUGUAUUACAUCACCCAAGAAAAAAAAGCCCUUUGAUAUUUUUGCAUAUUCUUGCCAGUCUCUUCGCUUCUUGUACAUGUUUUUACAUAGGUUUAUUCAUUCUCGGUAUAAUUUGUAUCUUGGUUUUUUUCUCAGUCUACAUGUCAUUAAAAACUGUCAACUCUUAUUAAUUGCUUGAUAUUCCAUUGUAUGGAUGUGCCAUGAUUUGUGUAACCUUUCCCCAUGGGGCAUUUUAGAUUGCAUCUCAUAAAGUUACAGCAAAUGUCUUUGUGCAUAAAUUAUUUCCUUAGGGCGAAUUACUAGAGGUGGAAUUUCUGGGUCGAGGAUAUGAACGCUUUUGUAGUUCUUGACUCAUGUCACUUUUCCAAAUGAUUUUACUGAUUUGUACUCCAACCGUAUGAUAUGAGAAGAACCCUUUAACCAUAUUUUUCAAGAAUAUGCACCGUUUACCUUAGUGCCGGCAUCCACACUAUGACCCUCAACCCUCCCCACCCUGGUGAGCGGGGGCUGAUUUGGAAAUGGUUGGCAAAGAUGUUCCCCGGCUGUGUCAGUUUCAACUACAUCUACCUGACAUGUUCCAGAAACACCUGCCUAAGAUAUCCAAGUAAUUUUUCGCAUAGUUUUACUUGCCCUGUGAAAGUCCAUUGUAAGACUGUAUUUUCCAUCCUAGUUAGAAGGUCUUGACUUUUUUUUUUUUUUUUUAAUAAAGCAUUUGUGCCUAGGGCCAGCCCUUAGUAGCCAGCUUUCUUUUUUCCUUUCUGUAGGCUCCAUUUUGCGUUUUCUGAGCCCCCCAAAGCCAGUAGGAUCUCCUGAGCCCAAGGCAGUCCAAACCAAACUGGAAGAGUGGUAAGGCUAAACAAUGAAAGGGCCAAAUUUUGCUUGUUUCACUUUGUGUUCUUUUGUGUUUCCAAUGGCAUCUUGGUGUUCUAAGGGCAGCUCUGGCGAAAGAAAAAUAUUGCUUCCUCAGAUGUUCAAGGUGUGUUAUUUUCUUGAUUGGCAUACCACAUAAUUUCCCAAACUGCUUUUUAUUUCAGAAUGGCUUUUAAAGCUCCCUUCAUCUUGUGUUCUCAAAGCUUAACUCUUUUAAGUGAAGAAGAAUAUUGUGUUACAAAAUAGAAUAUGCCUCUUAUUUUGGCCUUUGUCAAACUAUUCAGAUAUUCAGUAUGUUUUAUAAGUGUUUAUGGGAUAGAGUAGAAUAAAAGAUCUGGUCCCAGGCUUCAAAGGGCUCGUAAUCAGCUUUUCAGAAAUCAAGAAUUCUUAACCUACGUUGUGCUAAGAAUUUUACAAAAGUGUCUCAUUCCUUACAAUAGCCUUUCAAAGGAAAGAGGUAUUGUCCACAUUUAACAGAUGAAGGACUAGAUUUAGGAAAGUUUCUCAGUGGACUUGGAAGUCUUAAACGGACCUACGUCAAAAGCCCUCAUUAAAUGGAAGUGACAUUAAUCAGGCUAUUUGGGAAUCUAGACAUAAGAUCAUGAGAACUGAUUUUAGGUGAUGGCCCCAGGAAUAUAGAAGGAGGACACUGGAGCCAUUUCAAAGGAAGACUCAAGAUUCAGUGUCGUGAAUAGAUACAGGAGUAGGGGCUGAGUCCGUUUCUCAAGCCUGGAUAACCAGGGUAAUGGUGCUGUUUACAGAGACAGGAGGCAGUUAGAAUGGGCAUAGUGGGCAUAGUCGUUUAGGAAAGACAGUGAGUUUGAUGGUAAGCAUGAGAUUUCAAAAAGGAAGGGUCCACGAAGCUCAUGUUUGCUUUUCUGCAGUCUUUUAAGAUGUGCAGCCUUCCUUCAUCUGCCAUUUCAUCCACUUGCCUUCAUUCUGUAGGUAUUCUGGUCACUCCUAGUUGCCCAUCAACCCUUUUUGCUAAACCAUGCUCACGGCGUCUCAGCCUUUUCUUUGGAUUUUCCCUUCACUGCCUUGUCACCCAUACCCUGCACCUCUCGUCAGUGUGGGCUGUGUUCACUCACAUUCCACGUAACUUAAAGAGGUGGGUGGUUGCUGCCCUUUCUCUGUUACAGUUUCUAAAUAAUUUUUCCCAAGGCCUCUGACAAAAAUAUGCCCCAUUUGUAGCCCAUGCCAAGGUUAUACUGUUAGUACUUCUACUCUUACCAAGGAACCUGAUCGUGACCUUGGAUUUGCUGAAGGCAUCGCUUCCUGACUCACUGUGUUUCUUGCCGUCUCUGACUUUGUAGUUAUUCUCAGUCUUCAACGUUUUGUUGGAUGAUCCAUUCAACAGUCUAGCCUGUAAGAUUUUUGGUUACCUCCAGUUUCUUCCACUGAAAUGUCCGGCCACUAUCUCACCACUUGUAUUUUCUCUGUAUUUCUUGUCUGUCUUAGGCUCCUCCUUUCAUUAUUAUAGCCACAAACAUAUCCUCAGACCCCUCCUUCAGGGUCAUCUAUUCAUCCUUUGAUUUGACAUCGCAUGUUCCUUUUGCCCAUUCUUGUCAAUUAUCACAAGUGUGACUACUCUCAAACCGCACCUGUGUCUGCAGAUGACCUUAUUUCCUGAUGCACUCGAAGAUUCAGUAUGUCAGCACGAUUUUGUCUCCAUGUGUGCCCACUUUCAUUCUCCUUCAUUCCAGUCUGAGGAUGAGGUGGGCCCAAAGGCCAAUUCAGCCACAUGGGCUUUUUGACUCUUGUCUCCUUUUGUCAUCCUCAGGACCUUCCUCCCUCACACUUCCUCUUUCCUGCCUGCCUUUCACCUCUCUACCGCUGCUUUUGGCCAACAGAAUCUCAGUUAUCCAAUAUUAGGUGGUAUUGUUACAUGCCAGGCAUUAUAUCAGGUUCUCAGAACACAGGAGAGAUACCCUUCACCAAAGCUGUGCUUGAGUAGAAUGAAGAUGAGUGAAGUAGGGAGAUUACAGUGCAGUGGUACAAGGCAAAAUACAGGGUGCUGCAGUAGCGUGUAGACGGGGCCACGAAUUGAUUUCACGGACGUGUCGCACAAGUAGGACCAUGGGAGUGGAGGAGCUGUCAAGACGAUGGCAAAUGUUCAGAAUAGCUGGACAUCUGCUAAGGAGUAUUAGGAAUGCAAGAAAUCGUGAAGGGCCCUGUAAAGACGUGCGAAGGAUGGAGGUGUUCUCACGGUCAUUAACAGCAGCGUUCGUUGAGUUUGGUACGAUUGUUCUCCAUUUUACAAGUGUGCGAACACAUCGUGAGAGGCUGAGUGACUUGCCUGUGGCCCCCUUGUGAGUGGGGAGGUGGGCUUCAAGUCCAGCUUCUGCCACCCCAGGCCGUCCGUGGUCGUUCUGCCUAAACAGUACGUAUUUCCUAACACAUCACCCCAUUUAUAAUUCUACAUGGCACUUGCCGCAACCUGUGCUUAUUUUACGUGUUGGUUCACUGUGUGUUGUCUGUUUCCCUUACUAGAUUGUAAGCUCCGUGAGGGCAGGGGUGAUCUCCUUUCACUUGCAUCCCAGAGCCUAACAAGGUGUGUGGUGCAAAGUAGGUGCUCAAUAAAUAUUCGUAAAUGAAGAAAUGGUGGGUAACCGUUUGUAUUUGACUUGUGCUGACUGGAACUGAUUUAAUACGUAAGCAGCAGACGUUCACCAAGAGAGGAAAACAGGAGGUACACAUUUGGGGCAGAAGGUGGAGGUGACAGGUGCUUGGGAUUUGGGAGGAAGUCAGUGCAGUGACCUAGACUCCAGAAUCUUACAGGGAAAAGCCCCGGGAAUGGGGAACUGGUAGGGCAGUGCACACUGAGGAUAUGUGUGCAGACACAGCCUCCUGUGUGUAUAUACAACUGGGGAAAUUCUGUGUGUAAUCUACGUACUUAGGACCACUCAUCCGGGUCAGGUACACCGCACUGAGUUACACUGUACAAUCAUAGAUGUAAUUCUGGUUUAUCAGCUAUAGUCUCUGAAGGCCAACAACGACCCAAGUCAUCACGGGACUCUGUACUUUGGAAUUGGAACAAGAAUCAGUUAACGUCAGUUCCAGAUGUCUCUGGAAGUCAUGCCCACAUGCCAUUAGAUGAGCAAUAGGUGUAUCCUAAAACACACUGGUAGUACUGAAACCACGGAGGUGUAAGAGCCCAACCAGAGAAGUCAGUGAGAGAAGUUCUAGAAAAGGAACACAAGGAGAUUGAGAAGAAGCACCUGUGGUAGAAAGGAAAUCGGGAAUGAUACCAGAGAGCCCAAAACCAUAGAGUAUUUCAAGAAGAGAGUAGUCAGUGGAGUUAAUAGCUCCUAUAACGUAAAAAGUAUCCAUUAAGAAAAAAUGAAUUUCAGAAACACCGUGUUUGAUUGAAUCUAUACUUAAUUGUAACGGCUUCAUGUAAACAAAAACCUAAUUAAACUAUGCCCCCUUGCUUUCAAUCCCAUUGACUUUAGUAAGAUGUAGCCUCGUACAACGUGGGGGAGGAGUGAAUAUGCGUCUAUCUUAGAAUUUAAGAGUUACGAUAAUCUCUCUCUUUCCCUGACUUUCUCAACCAGGCCAUAUCUACUAAUUUCACCAAGAACAAUUUCAGCGGCACGAUGAGGGUAAAUCUAGGUUGCAGCGGGGUGAGGACUGCAAAGUACAGACAUGAAGUGUGCAAGUGUAGACAACGCAGCUGGCUCUGAUUGAGGGUGAGGCUCUAGCAACAGAAACGUGUAUGGUUGAGGGAAUCUUUUUUUUAAGAUGGGAAAAACUUGAGUCUCCUGUUUAAGUGCUAACUGGACAGUGGGAUGCAGUCCGUAGAGAGGGAGAGGUGAAUGUGGGUGGUGCAGUAGGGGUUGGCCAAGAUCAUUGGUACAUCUAGAUUCUUAAGCAAGAGGGAGAAGCUGGGAUCCCUAUCAGAGGCAUAUGAGGGAUGGGUAUGCACACAGGUGUGUCAGUUGGAUAGCAGAGAGUUUGAAGUUUUCAUCUAAUGGUUUUGCUUUUAUGUUUUUGAGAACCAAGAGAUACAAGGACAAUAGAGAUAGAAAUAACAAGUGUUAGCAAGGGUGUGGAGAAAAGGGAACUUCUGUGCACUAUUCAUGGGAAUGUAAAUUGGCACAGCCACUGUGGAAAACAUCAUGGAGGAUCUUCAAAAAAUCAAAAAUAAGACCAUACGAUCCAGCAAUUCCACUUGUGGGUAUUUGCUUGAAGAAAAUGAGAACAUGGAUUCAAAAAGAUAUAUGCGCAUCUAUGUUUGUU